CAGCACAUUUAUACUUCUCUAACAAUUCUUAGAAUUCCGUUCCGUCAACUAGUCGGAAGGAAAUUCUGUUGCCGUCAUCAUGGCCGAUCGUCCGUCUUCGUCAGCUUCUGUUGUGGAUGAUGAUCACGACGAUUUGUCGAAGAAGAAGCGACACAUUCACCCUCUCCGAAAACUGUCUAUUACCAGCCUGGGCUCCGCCUUCCUGAAGCAGUUUUCAGGUCACAAAGAGAGAGUAUACAAUAAUAACGACAACGAAAGACAACAACAACAACAACAACAUACUACUACUACUACUACUACAGUAACUACUCGUAGCAGUAAUAAAAGUAACGGAAAAGAAACGGAAUCUAACGGCGAGGAGGAAUUUCGAACCGCUGGUCCACAGACAGAUGACAGUGGUUGGGUAAGUCUGAGCUCGGUUGUGAGAUCCCGACAGCAGCAGUCCGACAAGACUUCACGCGAUCCCAACGCCGCCUCACGUGACAAGCACGGCCGUGACGGAACCCAAACACGAAGACGGGCAAGUACUUCCUCCAUCGCCUUUUUAUCCGCUUGGCCCACAGCUUCCGCAAAAGGUUAUAAUCCUGAAAUCAGCUCUGCAGCGGCACCUGGUCGUGCUGCCAAGUACGACGUCUCCUCUCUUCAGACGGCAAACGACCUUACCACGUCUUCUUCUCCCUCCUCUCCUCCGUCUCCCCCUCCUCCCCCUCCUCCUCCUCCUCCUCCUCCUCCUCCUCGUUGGUUGAAGCGCACCUCUCUCUAUCUCACUUCCUCCGCCAAUCCUUUCUCCUCUACGUCACAGCUUCAUCGCUCUUCCAAGUCAAUGCCCCCAGUUGUAAAGAGCGAUGAAGACGCGGCCCAUAAGACCAGCAGGGAUCGAGCCCCGGGGGUACUGGUGGCAGAGCUCGUCAGGAGGUUCUCAGUCACUGGUGUAGUGCCAUCGCUAGCAUACGAAGAGGACGAUCUUGGAGCCGACGAAGCUGGCUAUGGCGGCGGACGUGCCGUUCCAUCCAUCUUUCAAUCUCAACGAAGGAGAUCUUCUAGUGUUACGGUCGGCGACGGUUCAUCUGCACCGUUCAUCAGCUUGCCCCCAACCUCGCACGGUCUGGGCAAGUCCUCGAUGACUUAUCCUGUGACUGAGCUGAUUAAGGCAGAGCUGGGUAGGGGGGGAGGUGGGGGAAAGAACCACCUCCAAAGCCAUCAGCAAGGGGAUGAUGGUGAUCGUGUUAAGACCAAUGCAGAAGCUAUGUGGGGACUCGGAGGUCGCUUACCCACAAUGAACGUGGCUCUGCCGUUCGAUCAGCUGGCGGAAUCAACGCGUGGAGAAGGAUCUUCGCGUACUACCCAAGCGCCUGGGCGCAGGCGCAAGCUAAACAUAGCUCACAACGUGUUGGAGUUGGUGGGGCGCACUCCGUUGGUCUACCUCGGCACGGAGUCCAACUUAACGUCCGGGUGCGUGGCAGCCAUAGCCGCGAAGGUGGACUACCUUCAGCCUGGGAGAUCGGCGAGGGAUCGAACCUGCUUAGCGGUCGUUCGCGAUGCAGAGAAGAGGGGAUUGAUAGCGCCAGGGAAGACGGCGCUAGUGCAGGCAGGUGCAGGGAACGCGGCCGUGUCUCUGGCUUUCAUAGGGGCAGUGCUGGGGUACAGAGUCAUCCUAGUGAUGCCAGACACUGCGACUCAGGACCGUGGGAUCUUGCUAAGCGCCUAUGGCGCGGAGAUCGUCCUUUCAGACGGGGCGGGAGGGCUUCCAAAAGCGCGGGAAAUCGCCGCCUCCAUAUCUUCCACAAUCAUGGACGGAUUCCUUGUGAAUCUGACCGGCAAUCUCGUCGCUGUUCAGGCUCACUACCAGACCACCGGACCUGAGCUCUGGGAAACCACGGACGGUAAAGUCGACUGCUUCGUCUGCAUGGUCAAUACCGGAGGCACCAUCACCGGAGUUGGCACUUACCUGAAGCAGAGGAAGCCUGGCGUGAAGGUCAUCGGAGUACAGCUCGAACGAGAUGCAGCUCCGCUAAACGGCAGAGAAGGAGGAGGAGGAGGAGGAGGAACUAACGGUGGCGGACGGAGAGAGAACGGCGGCGGCGGCGGUGGAGGAGCAGGAGGAGGAGGAGGAGGAGGAGAAAAGGGUAGAGAAGGACAAAGCAAAGGAGGAGGAGGAGGAGGAGGAGGAGGAGGAGUUGAAGGCGGAAGAGAAAAAGACGGACAGGUUAGCGAAGGACAAAACGGGGGAAGACAAGACGGAGGACGAUACAGCACUGAAAGCAGGAGACAGAAAGAAGGACAAGAUUAUGGAGGAGGAGACGACGGAGAGGAGGGUAACGGAGAGGAAGAUAACGGAGAGGUUGGGAGUAACGCGAUCUUCUCGUCGUUGAGAACGUCGGCCGUGGAUGAGAUCAUCGUCGUUAACAGAUCGAGGGCAAUACAGAUGAGCAGAGUGACGGCGGUGAAGGAAGGGUUGCUGGUCGGGAUCUCGUCAGGUGCUGCCAUCUGCGCCGGACUUGCCGUCGCUAAGCGGCCUGAGCAUGAGGGGCAGCUCGUUGUCGUUUACUUGUCCAGUUUUGGUGAGCGAGACCUGUGCUCGGAUCUUUUCAAAGACAUUCGUGAAGAGGCAAAGAAGAUGACUUUCGAACAGACAGGAACAUCUACUACCUCUAGUAGACAUUGACUUUGACUUUGACUUUUUUUUGGGUGAAGAGGAGAAGAAGAAUUUCCAAAGAAGGAAACAUGAAGCUCGUCUUUGAUCGA